AUGGGGCUUUCCGACUUUCAGAAGGUCUUGAAAAAAAUAGACAAUAAACUUAACAAUAAGACCUCUUCUGGACACUCUUCUUCACCUACUUCCUCUUCAAAUUCUGGUAGCUACAAUCGAGCUCCAGCUCCACUUCCCCAGGUAUCAGCUAACAGUGGCAGCCCACUAUCUUCAAGUGAUAUCUUUUCAAAGCCAAUUUCAAGCUCUGAACCGCUUCCGUUAUUUCCCAGGCGUCAGCACAAUUUGAAACCAAAAGGCUGCUCUGAAGGGAAUGAGUCAAUUCAAACUAAUAACUUUUACAAUAAUUUAUGCUUAGAAGACCAAUCGUUUCCAAUUUGGACAUUACCUUAUUCUCUUUGGUUCCUGAAAGAUCCAAGUCAAGGUGACAUUGGAUUUUCCUUCAAUCACACUGAGGCCAAUCAGAGGGUUUUCGGUCCCGAUCCAAAUUCUAAUCCUGCCCAAUUCUACUUCAAUCCACCAAGAAUUAAAUCAUGGUAUUUUGCAACCGCUGAUAUUAAUGCACGAGAAGAAGUUCAACUUGAAAAUCACAACAAAUUAUCUGUAAUUGCCAAGUGGAAUGGAAUGACCUUCCCCUUGGUUCAUGGUAUGGGGUUUGUAACUGCCAUAUACGAACAAGGUAAGGUCCCAGUUAUCGGUUCUCAGGUAGGUAUUCAAGAUUUUAGAAAAGUGGGAAAUGGGAAGUACAGAGCUAUGCUUUUCAAUCAGGUGGUUUGGACUAUCUAUGUAAGUGGCGCUAAUGGAAAUGCUGAUUUAAGUUUAAGAGAUCCGCAACAUAUAGUUAGCGAUAGAGUCAAUGGCUCUUGUACUAUCCAAAUUUGUAGAGGUGAAUCUAACUUCUAUGAUGAAACUGCCGGGUGUUACCCCAUUUCCUGCAACCUUAGUGGCUCAGUAGAUGGCUCGAGAGGUCAGUAUAAGUUUUUAUAUAAUCUUAAGGGGCAAUCUCAAAGUGGAAAAACGUUGGUGUGGUGCUUGCCUCACCACCAAGAAGUCUUGGUGAGCCUGUGUAAGCAGACUGGAUUAAAAUUGGAUUCUCCAACAAAAGGUGUAAUGAAAGCAUACGUGACAAACGAACUAGUUAUGGAAGAAAAUAACCUACCUAUUCAAAUUAGUUGGGAACCUUGGUCAGAAAUAUCUGGAUGCUCAACACCAUCUUCGUAUUCCAACUCCAGUUUAGAUUUAAUCACUAGAGCAGCUGAAGCUGAAGUGAAGCAGGAUGUAGUUGGUAUGGCUAACAUAGACUCAAUGUACACUUCAGGAAAGAUCUUGGAUAAAUUUGCUCAUAUUUUGUUUGUCUGUUCCAACAUAAUACGGAAUCAAGCUUUGACAGCAGAAUUACUCCCAAAACUAAAACAAGCAAUUGAUAUAUUUGCUACAAAUAGACAAAAAUAUCCUCUCGUGUACGAUACCACUUGGAAGGGAUUGAUCUCCUCUGCCGACCCAGGAGCAGAUUUUGGAAACUCGAAUUAUAAUGAUCACCAUUUUCAUUAUGGUUACCAUAUUCAUGCAAUUGCCUUAGUAGCCAAAUCUGAUCCAACGUACUUCCAAAGUGAUGAAGGUGCUCGUGCCAAAGCUUAUGCGACUGAGUUAUUAAGGGAUGUAGCCAAUCCAUCUUCUGAGUCAGAUAAGUGGUUUCCUCAAUCCCGUUCAUUUGAUUGGUUUCAUGGCCAUUCAUUUGCUCAUGGAAUAUUUGCACUGGGUGAUGGAAAGGACGAGGAAUCAUCUUCAGAAGAUUACCAUUUUGCUUAUGGUAUGAAGCUCUUUGGUAAUGUUACUGGCAAUGUAGAUAUGGAGAAUAGAGCAAAUCUUAUGCUCGCAAUAAUGAAAAGAUCGAUGAAUAUGUACAUGCUAUAUUCUGAUGAUAAUAAGAUUCAACCACCUCAAUUUAUCAAGAAUAAAGUUGCAGGAAUCUCAUUCGAAAAUAAAAUAGAUUAUUCCACAUAUUUUGGUAGAGGUACAAUAGGAAACGAAUGGAUUCAUGGAAUUCAUAUGUUACCAAUAACGCCAAUUUCAUCAUAUAUAAGAGGUCCCAAGUUUGUAAAAGAGGAAUGGGAUCAAAUAUUGGCACCUAUAAUUGAUAGAAUUCCUGACGGCUGGAAAGGAAUAUUAUUGCUAAAUUUAGCACUCACUGACCCAAAGAAAGCAUGGAAAUGGUUUUCUCGGAAUGACUGGAAUGAGAGUCAAAUUGAUAAUGGAAUGUCAAGAACUUGGUCAUUGGCAUUUAUUGCAGGUAUAGGAGGUGCAUAA